AUGUCAGAUCCACGAGAAACCGGAAAUGGACAUGGUGCAUUUCCUCCAAGUGAAGAAUUCACAAAAGGAACAACAUCAGAACCACAGACAUCAACACCAAAUCCUGACCAAACUACACCAACAUCUAAACAAGUACCAUAUGACAUACCGACCGCCUGGACGCUCCAAACUCACAGCGAGAAACACAUCAGACAUCUAGAAGAACGACUAGCUAAAACAACACCAAAGGACUUGACACCUGUCACGAUCUUCGCAGAGUACCUAGAUGGAGAAGAACCAACACACAUAGAACAGCCGCCUACUAAUGAUGGUGACGAUGAAGUGGAGCAACGAGCAGGAUCAAUCUCUAGCAGUGAAUUGUCGUUUGUGAAAUCGGACGACUCGAGAGCGUCGUUGCUGACGGACGAGUCUUAUGAUGACGAUACCACGUAUAGUGAUAAUGAAGAAGAUGUUGAACGAGGAGUACCUGCUGUUGCAGCUGGUGCUGGUGGUAAUUCAAGGAGUCGCCAGGCAUCGGCUACGCGUCAAAAGAUUGAACGACUGAGGGAUUAUAGUUCAAGAUAUUAUCGUGCACUUUUAUUACUUUUCAAGACCUCAAAGAAGCUCAGUCGAACUAGCUCAACGAUGGGUAAAAAGCCGUUUAUUGACAAGACAACAGCCCGACACUUCCAAGUAGUGCAUCGUUCUCAGAGAGAUCCAGCACUAUCAGACGAAAGUGCAUCACGAUACGUCCUAAGAGAAGUUGCUCCUUCUAAUAAUCUCGUCAAGGCAUGGAAAGGAAGAUACCAGCCCGACGAAGAGCUAGACGACGAUCUUCACGAUAUUAUAGAAGACGGCGACUUUGAUUCCGACCAAGACGAGGACGAAUGGGGUUCGGAAGCUGGUGCUGAAAAUGUAAAAGACGAUGCCAAAGAAGAUCCCGUGCUUGACGAUGAUCAAGACGAGAACUGGGAAGAUGUAGACGAAGAAGGCACGGACGAAGACCAAGAACAACCCGAAGAAGACGAUGAAGCUUCUAUAACCGAAAAACCAACGACCAACAACAAGGGCAAGCAAUCUAAAAAGGAAGACGCGUCUCUCUACGGUAUCUAUUUUGAUGAUCAGGACUCGUAUGAUUACACACAGCAUAUGAAACCUAUUGGUGAAGAUCCUUCAGCUGUAUAUAUCGACGCAAAACCAAAUGCGAGAAAUGAAGGUGCUUCAAACACCCCUUCUUCUGCUCCUACUGCUGUUAGUACGUCAAAGAAGGGUAUUGCAUUCAUUGAUGAUGAUGCAGCUAGUGCUAUGGGCGAGGAACCCAGAAGGAAACGGCAUGUAAAUUUCGUUCUACCGGAAGAAGCAUUGGCUUCAAGAGAUGAAGAAGGUAUUGGGUUAUUGCAUCGUGGUGUAUCAGCGUCUGGUCUACGACUGGAUCUCGACCCAAAUGUCCGUGAAGUUCUAGAAGCUCUGGAAGAUGAUACCUUUGUAGAUGACGAUGGAGAAGCAGCUGAAGAUUUCUUUGCUGCAUUGAAUGCUGAUGUUGUGCCUGAAGGCUUACAGCUUAUUGAGGAUGAGAAUGAUGAUGAGGACGAAGAUGAUGACGAGCAGCCUGCUUGGGUUUCUGAAUUCAAACGUGAAGACGACGACGAUGAAGACGACGAACCCGACCACAAAACCGCAACAACGUCCUUCUCAAUGUCCUCCUCAUCCAUAUACCGUAAUCCAGGCAAAAUCCUAAUGGACGACCGCUUCGAGCACGUCCUCGAAGACUACUCUGACACCGAAAUCGGUGAACUCGACUCUGAAAACCCGUCCGUCCGUGGCAUCAAACUAGUCUCAGACACGCGCGUAAACCAAAUUAUGGAUGAUUUCCUUGACUCUGUUGAAACCCGUGGUCGUAAAAACAUUUUAAUCACGAAACGUGAUGGACUGGCGCAAAUGAAUGAAAUACGGAAUGAGUUGAAGGGUGAUGGCAGUGAUCCUGUUCCGGACGUGUAUGAUAUCAUGGAUGAAGAGGACGAGGAGGUUGAGAUUAGUGAUCGAGAUGAGGAGGAUGAAGGACGAGGGUGGGAUGCAGAGACUAUUCUGUCCACGUACUCGAAUAUAUAUCAUCGGCCAAAGAUUAUAGAUGAUGACGAGGGGAUUAGGAUUGCGGUGUCGAGACAUGGUGUUCGUGUGGUUACGAAUAACAAGGGUACCACUAUUAGUAGUAAUGGGAGGCUGCAGAUACCAUCGUCUGCUGAACCGGUGCAAAAGCAGCAAGCUGCUGUGGCUGUUGAAGAGGAUGAUGAAGGAUCUGAAGCUAGAGCAGAGAGAGUGAAUCGAGGUCAAGCAAGACGUAAGGACGAAACUCCUGAAGAGAAACGAGCUAGAAAGGAAGCAGUCAAAGCUGAACGACGUGAUCGUCGUGAGACUAAGAAAGGAUCCAAGCAUGAAUUCAAACACUUGGAAGAACAACACAACAAGAAACAACUACAGCGAGAACAUGAAGCUCGUACUUUGCAUAUUGAAUAA